AUGGCUUCAGCAAAGACGCUUUAUUUAUUUAGACAUAUACAAACAAAGCAGGUCUUGCAAUUAGGAGGAUAUAAACCACCCAAAUUAAGAAAAGAUCAUUGGCGUCCAUUAGUGGCCGUUACAGGCUUUAAAUCAAGCGACUCUGUAGAUGCUUUAGCCAAUGCUCUCUUAUACCGUAAAACCAGCAAACAAGUCAGUCUUGUCACCAGUCCAGAACACAAAGCGAGACAGAAAAGAUUAAGAGCUGUAGAUGAGAUGGAUCUGAUCGAUCGAACUCUCACAUCAUUACGCGAAGCUAUUGAGGUGAUUGCAGAUAGAAGAAAUGAGAAAGACUUAUUAGCGCUGUGGGAGCAACCACACUUCAUGAAACUAAAGGACGAGAAAGACUGGCCAUCAUUGUUAAAACAUGGACAGUUGGAACUACGAAAUAACCGAUUUGUUACAGAAGAAGAUAAGUCUGCAGCGGCAACUUCAGAAACUAUAAAUACUACAACAGUCUAA